UCCAACGUUUUCUUUUUAUCAGCGUGUGGACAACGCAAAAUCAAAACGCUAAUAUAUUCUGUUGUUAACCAAAAAGCGAAGGAACAGAAAUUGAAUUGAAACUUGCGAUUGGAGAGACAGAGUAGUGGAAGCGAAGAGAGAUGGGCGUGACGAAGGAACAAGUUGAAUCAUCCUUGAAAGCCAAACUAAACCCUUCUCAUAUCGAAGUAAUUGAUACGUCUGGAGGGUGCGGUGCAAGUUUUGUGGUUGAGAUUGUAUCUGAACAAUUUGAAGGCAAAAGGAUAUUGGAGAGGCAUCGUAUGGUGAAUGCUGCCUUAGAGGAGGAAAUGAAACAGAUUCAUGCCCUGUCUAUAAAGAAAGCUGUAACCCCAGAACAGUGGAAACAGCAGCAAGAAUCCAACCAAUCAAAUUCUGCCGCCUAGAGCAUAAUUUUCAGUUACAAUAAUAGUUACAAAUAAGAAAUCCAUACAUUGUGUUGCUGACAAAUGACAAUGUUUGUGGAUUCUGGUUCUAUGUAUUUUUAUCAAUACUUAAAUUUAUGAUUGUACUAAAUUUUAGUUUACAGAACUUCUGGCUUUUCGUGAGGUAAGUAAGAUAUGUGAUCCUCUUGAGGGAGGAGCAUUUUUAGAU